AUGCGUCGCAGCGCCAGUAACAAAGAGAACAUUGCCCCCAAGGCACUUACUGAGCAACCAGACAAUCCUCGACAAAACAGGUGUGAGACAGGAGACUUUGAGAAGACCGAUGGAUUUGUGGAAGUCAGUCCUGCUUCUGGCAACAACCAGAUCGACCAAAGUCCAAGCUCAAACUCGAGAGGCACGACAAGCACGAUCAUCAACAAGGGAAGAGACGUUGACAGAACGGACGAUAUACAAGACUUAGAGAUGGCCGAGAGUGAUUUAGAUGGUGUGGGAAGCAUGGAGAGUAUGCAUAUGGUCGGUCUUGACGACGUUGGCUUAGAGGAGUUGUUGGAGAUCGAGGAGGAAAAUCCUGACGACCUUGGGCCGCUUGAUGCACCAGAUCGACCAAUUACACCAUUCGAAGGCGAGUCAUUCAGAGGUCAACCACUCGCUGAAGUUGAUCCUAAUGAUCUUCCCGCUCCACUGAAAGUCAACAAGUCUUCUUACUUUUCGAAAGACAAUCCGAUGAAGGCCGAAGCACAGUUUGAAGACGUUCCAGAUGACUUGGAUGACUGGUUCGAGGAAGGUGAGGUGGAUGAAGACGGGAUCCGACGAGAGGAAGUCGAAGUGUCUUUUGCGGAAUGGAAUCUUGAAAGGCACCCUAGGUUUGGCAGAUACCGAGUCAAGACUGUCAGCGGUCUUCGUGUCUCCUGGACCAUCGACGACUACUACACCGAUUGA